AUGACAUCGCACAAAGGUAUGCUAGAAAGACGCGGAUAUCGUUCACUUCAUAUUAGUCGUUUACAAUUGAAACGAUGGUCAUCUUAUCUUGCUACUGCAUUUGCGAUUCUCUCAUUUGUUUUUAUUUCUGGUGGAAUUUGGCUACUUGAAAAUAAUCGGAUCGAGUCUGAAAUUAUCGGCAGGCGAUAUUACUACGAAGAAGGAGUUUUGUUUGUAAUCAUUGGGAUACUAUUGCUUCUUUCGCUUGUUUGUCAAGCUUUUAUGAUUCAUCUAUUGUUUGUUGCAAAAAAGCCAUGGAGAUUUACUGAAGUCAAGGUAAAGAGAGCAAUUGCACUGUAUUUAGUUUUUCUGUUUGCAGUGACAAUUCCUCAUAUUUAUUGUUUGUACCAUGUGAAAACAAUUAGAACAAAAUUAAUAUGGUCAAUUAAAGAACAAACUGAAGAGGCUUUGAUUAGUUUGUACGGAUUCGAACCUGAUUUUACAUCUGCAUGGGAUCAUCUACAGUCUCAGAGUGAAUGUUGUGGAUUUUCGGGUCCUCAAAUAUAUGCCUCUUCAAAAUGGAAAUACAGUCAACCUAAUUCUUCAACUUUUAUCAGCUUAGUACCUGAUUCGUGUCUUACACUUAAAAGUUUAGAAGAACAAGUACUUGAAGAUAUAAAAACCAAGUCUGAUUAUGAAGAACCUAGACAAGUGACUUUUCAAAAAGGAUGCGCAGAAUUUCUUUAUACUCAUAUAGAAGGUGUUCUAAGCGGUUCGUUUAUCGUACCGGUUAUUUCUCUUGUGAUUGUAUCUUUUUCAUUUGUUCUUGGAAUCGUUUUGUGUAAUUUCGUGGUGGUUGGAGAAGAAAUUUAA